AUGGGAAAUAUUUUGACGUCUGCUGUUUUCUUGCCACCAAAGGCAACAUACAACAGUACUGAUCCCCAUGUCCAUAUGUUGCCAACCAAGGAAGGAUACACCCUAGCGGCAUACUUCAUCAAACAUAGGGACGCCCGCUACACCAUACUCUACAGCCACGGCAAUGCGGAAGACAUUGGUCAUGUUUUACCGUUGCUUGUGGACAGGAUUUCUAAAUGGCAAGUAAAUCUUUUGAUGUAUGAUUAUUCUGGUUACGGGCUUAGUGGAGGGAAACCAUCCGAGGAAAAUCUGUACAAGAACAUAGAGGCGGUGUACGAUCAUAUGAUCUCUCGAUUUGGGGUCGAUCCCAAUAAGGUGAUAGUAUAUGGUAGGAGCAUAGGCAGUGGUCCAACGGUCCACUUAGCACUACGUCGGCCUGUUCUUGGUGUCAUUCUACAGAGUCCUAUUGCCUCAGUCUACCGAGUCAGAAUGCGACGUCUCCCAUGUUCAUUACCAGGUGACAUGUUCCGUAACGCAGACAAAGUCGAGUUACUCGAGGUUCCUACUUUAAUUCUUCAUGGUACAAAAGAUGAGAUAGUACCCUUGGAAUCCUCCCAAAGGAUGGCACGAAAAAUCUCAGAAGUAUACUGCCAGUGGAUUGAAGGCGCCUCGCAUAACGAUAUCGAUACUACCUAUGCUGACCAGGCAGAUGAGGCGAUACUAGAGUAUUUGGACAAAGUCUUACCACGAGACCAAUACGGGCGCCCGCGCACAGCGGUAUGGAGCGGACACAGCGACGAUGACGACGAGGAGCCCGCAAUAACGGUAAUCUACAGGUGA